AUGGUGAUUGAACAAAUCCAAACUUCAAGUCAGUAUGGCUUUCCAAAACCAUGGUAUUUCUUUGUCACUAAAUCUUAUUGGUGUGGUACAGAAUUGAAAGAAGCACCAGUGACAGAUAUAGAAGCAAGAUCCAACUUUAGUGGCAUGCAAAGAAAAUUGUCUAUUGGUAUAGCGUUUGUGGGUGGAUCUCAAACAGUUAUUUUAGAUGAGCCCACAGCUGCUGGUGUAGAUCCUUAUGCCAGGAGAUCCAUUUGGGAAUUGCUUUUGAAAUACAAGUCAGGUUGUACAGUCAUAUUAACUACUCACCACAUGGAUGAAGCCGAUUUACUGCGUGAUCGAAUAGUGGUUAUAAACAACGGGAAACUCGGUGAAGUCUUGCGAUUACAAUCUCUCUCAGAGAAACAGCAGGGGAUCUUCGAGUACAGUGAAAGAUAA